UCAACCUUCUAACCCAAAUCCUUCUCUGCAUCCACCAAGAAUGGCUUCUGCUAUUGUUUCCAGUGUCUUACAACAAUUGGCCACCAUCAUCCAAAAGGAGAUCCAACAAGAGGUACGACUGGUCACUGGUGUGAAAAAGGACAUCAACGAGCUCUCCAAUACUUUUGAAACAAUCCAUGCUGUGCUUAAGGAUGUGCAUCAGUGCGGCUUUGGUUACAAAAUCUGAAAGAUGUAGCUUAUGAUAUUGAUGAUGUGUUGGAUGAGUGGAACACAUCAAUUCUUCUCAAAUCUGAUUCACAAAUAGAUGAUGAUGGAGUACUUGAUGCUGCUCCUCGUCCUCGUAUUAGUCUCUUUAAGAAGGUAUGUCCUCGCAACUUUUUUUCUCCUUGCUGCUGUUGUUUCAAGCAAAUUGGUUUACGACAUGACAUUGCUCGUAAGAUAAAGGAGAUAAAAGAAAGACUAGACAAGAUUGCAAGUGAGAAAAAUAAGUUUGGUUUUAUUGAAACUAAUAGUAGAAAUGAAAAUAUAGAUCAUGAGUCAAGAAGGAGGAGACUAGAAACUAUUGUUGAUGUCAAUGAGGUAUUUGGUCGUGAUAUGGAUAGAGAAACCAUAGUAAGCAAGUUGUUAAGUGAGGGAAGUCAACAAGUGGUGGUAUCGGGAGUCCCUAUCAUAUCCAUUGUAGGUAUGGGACGUAUGGGCAAAACUACCCUUGCCCAAGUUGCAUUCAAUGAUGAGAGGCUGAAGAACCAUUUUAACAAGAGAAUAUGGAUAUAUGUGUCUCAAUCUCUUGAUAAAGUAAAGGUUGCCAUGCAUAUUAUUAGACAAAUUGGUGGAAACAUUGUAACCCAAGGUGAAGAAAUCACAUGGCAAGAUGUGCAUAGUCAAUUGAAUAGUGCUAUGGAGGGAAAACAUUUCCUUCUUGUGUUAGAUGAUGUUUGGAAUGAAGAUCCUAUGCAAUGGGAUCCAUUGAAGUUUUCUCUCAAAUACGGUUCUCAUGGAAGUAGAAUACUUGUGACAACAUGCAAUGAGAGGAUUGCAGAAAUGAUGGGUACGGCAUAUGUCCAUAGAUUAGGAAUAAUGUCUGAUGAAGCAUGUUGGUCAUUAUUGAGACAUUAUGCCUUUGUUGGAAGGAGAGAAGAAGCAUGUGAGAAGUUGAGAGAAAUUGGCAUGGAACUUGCAAAGAAGUGCAAGGGAUUGCCUCUUUCGGCAAAGACUUUAGGAAGUCUUUUGCUCUUCAAAGAGUCAAAACAGGAUUGGCAAUCUGUGUUGGACAGUGAUUUAUGGAGGGUUGUAUCAACUGAUGAUAAACCAAUGUUGCCGACUCUAUUACUAAGCUAUAAUGAUUUACCCUCUCAUUUGAAACAAUGCUUUGCAUAUUGUUCUCUCACCCCGAAAGGUUAUACCAUUAACAAAGCAGUCACAAUUGCAGCAUGGAUGGCACAAGGCUUUCUUAGCGAUAGCUUGGCAACAAGUGGUGAAGAUUUGAUUAGAGUGGGUGAUGAGUACUUCAAUAAUUUGGUCAUGCGUUCGUUUUUUCAGAAGGAUGUUAAGAAUUCAAGUGGAAAAUACCAAAUUUUUGGUAUGCAUGAUGUUGUCUAUGAUUUUGCAAAAUCCCUUGUAAAGAAUGAAUGCUUUACUUUGAUGGUUAAAGAUACGACUGAUGCUCAGGAAUUUAACUUUAGAAAAGCCCGUCAUUUAUAUCUAUCAAUAGAAGAGAUACACACGAUUCCUCCUUUUAUUUACGAGGCAAAGAAACUGUCCACUCUUAAAAUUUAUGGACAGAUUCCUUCAGUUUCUUCUGAGUUAUUUCAUCACUUAACAUGUCUGAGGACAUUAGAUUUGACUAAUACUUACGUUGAAGAGCUUCCAAAUGAGAUCGAAAAGUUGAUACAUCUGAGAUAUCUAUCCCUGAUCCGUGCAAGGUUUAGAGAAUUAUCCAAAACAGUGACUAGUUUGUACAAUUUGCAAGUAUUAGACCUUAGCGGAUGUAGUAUUCUUUGUAAACUACCUGAAGGGAUUAGGAGAUUGAUCAAUUUGACACGUCUUGAUUUGACAGAAUGUCACCAACUAAGUUACUUAUCGGAAGGAAUUGGGAGAUUAAGCAAACUGUGUAAUUUGUCAGACUUUAUUAUUGGUGGGGUGAAGAGAGGAGGAUGUAUGAUUGGAGAAUUGAAAGAUCUCAACUUCCUUAAAGGUUCUCUAAAUAUAAUAGGUUUGGGGAGAGUGCAAGAUGGAAAUGAGGCUACGAUGGCAUGCUUGAAUGAUAAGCAACACCUUCGUGCUCUGUGUUUCUAUUUUAAUCAAUAUAUAGGUGUUUCACGAGUUGAUGAAAACGUCUUUGAUGAAGAAGAUGAAAACAAAGAAAAAGAAGAAGAAGAAGAAGUAGAAGAUGGGGAAGGUAAAAUAGAAGAAGCUGUUAUUGAUGGAGAAGGGAAAACAAAAGAAGAAGUUGAUGAAGAAAGUUAUUUUUCGAGGAGGAUGGAAGAUGUGCUGGAAAGUCUCCGACCACAUCCGAACCUUGAGAAACUAGCAAUUUAUGAUUACCCUGGUGAUGUGUUGCCAAAUUGGAUGGGUACCCAUGCGGAUUUCAAGGCUUUUUCUAAUCUAGUUUUCUUGGGACUCAACGGGUGCAUGAAGUGUAAGCAAUUGCCUCCAACUCUUGGGAAACUACCAUCCCUUGAAACCCUUGUAUUAGUUGGAAUGAAUAAGGUAAAAUUCAUGGGUAUUGAGUUUUUUGGAAUCGAUGGUGCCACAACAACAAAUGACGACGGUGGGGUUGACACAUUAUUAUUAUUAUUCCCAAAGUUGAAAGUAUUUCAACUAGGUGGGAUGCAGAAAUUGGAGGAGUGGAAUGUAAGUGUACAAAAAGAAGAUGGGAAACAAUUCAUCUUUAUGCCGUGUCUCCACUAUCUUGUUCUUAUUGAUUUGCCCAAGUUGAGGUCGUUUCCACAGCACCUUACCCUGAGGAAAUUGUUUAUAUGGGGUUGUCCCAAGUUGAUUUGGAUGCCAUCAUCUCCAUCUUCCCAUCUCCCUUUUCUACACGUUGAGGAGUUGAUUUUAAAGAAGGAUGCAGGUUUAUUUUCAAAGUCAUUAGUAUCAAACAACCACUUGUUUCUCCCUAAGCUAAAGUUGUUGCGUGUGAGACAAUCACCUUACUCGUUGUUACCCCAAGGUUUAAAGCAACUCACAUCACUUGAGAUUCUGGAUAUCCGAACAUGUUCUAAGAUCAAGUCAAUACCUGAGGGAGAGUUGCAGCAUCUCACUUCACUCCAAGAGUUGACGAUCAUGAGGUGCCCUGCCUUGAGACGACGUUGCCAAAAAAGAAAUAGGGGAAGAUUGGAGCAAGAUAUCCCACAUCCCAAAAAUCUUCAUCAACGGCGACAAGAUCAAAUGAGAAGCAACUUCCACAACAACAGAUCAAGAGUGAAUAAACAAGAAUCGGACAGGACACAAACACACCUCAUACUUAAAAGAUGAUCGAGAAAAGAGAACCCGACCUCUUCAACUCUUCCACGGGGAAUCUCAAUGUACAAAGCUCAAUCUCUGGAAAUGACGAUGACAAAUGCAUGAGCAAUUCCACAGGAACUUUGUUUUCACUUCCAGAUAUGUCAAUACAUCUCUUCAUAGGUUCAUUGAUUACUUGAUUUAUUCUUUUGUUUCUUUCUUUACUUCUUGUGUUUUGGGGUGUUUAAUUAGGGAUUUGAGAUUCAAGAUACCAGAGAAUGCUUACAGCAUCAGAACCGAUGACUUGGCCUCUUCCUUCACCAUCGAGC